AUCUACACCAAGUACGCGGAAUUUCAGGAACAACUCAGAAAGUCUUUUGGCACUGUGGAUAAGCAACGAGAGGCUGAGCAAGAACUUCAAACUAAGAAAGAAGUCUACUAUAACAGUGUGAAACCCGAAGUUAAGGAUGAACUCUUUAAAAUCGACCGCAAAAAGACAACCUUCAUCGACUACACUCAAAAAGCUAUUAAGAUUAACAAUCGCAAUUGGGAACGACAGAAAGAACGGAAGCGAGAAAAGAACGGAAACUUCCACAACGUUCAACCAAAGCGAAACCAAGCCAACCAAGGAAAGAAGCGAAACGAAUAUGUUGCUUCUUCUAACGAUGGACGGCCAGGGCCGAUGGACCUCAGCACCAUCAAGGCACAA